AUGCGGAUGCCGAAUCGUCACCACAUGGACACAAGCGGACAUCGCAAUGCUUGGGACCUGCCUCACAACUGGGGAUGGGAGCGCUUCCGCCCGAUCUCAGCACUGCUGCGGCCCAACACUAUCGUCGCGCUGUGGAAUGAGCCCCACCAUCGCUUCAUGCGGAUGAACGGUCACCACAACAGAAUGGAUGCGGCUCACAGGAAGCACCUCCACCACCUCCCUGCCAACUGGAAUUGGGAGCUCUUCCGGGUGGUGGAUGCGGGCUUUGGUCAAAUUGCUCUGCACAGCGCGGCCAGCAACCGCUUCGUCAAAAUGAGCCAUGACAUGCAUCGAUCGCCUCACCGCAACUGGAAUCAACUGCCUGGCGGCUGGGGUGCUGAGCGCUUCACGGUCAUCGACGCAGGUCACGGCCGAAUUGCGCUGCACAACCCCUGGCACAACCGCUUCGUGUCCAUGUGCCAUCAUGGCGACGGGUGCAUCAGUCCCGGAAAGGCUCCGGACCACUUGCCGGGUGGCUGGACCUGGUCAGACCGUGCGCCACAGGAGGCGGCGGGAACUGCAAGACCUGCCAAAAUCCAUGGCGGCGCACAGAAGAAUGCUCUGAAUCACCAGUGUAGCGCUAUGAAACCGCUAGGUGCCAUCUAUGAUGAGAAGGGCAUAAACAAGCCUAUGGCUGCACUGGAGGGCGGAACCGCAUUUGCGGGUCCUGUGUCGCCCAGCAUCAUCGCCGGCAUCACGAACACUGCGGAAGCUGCAACGCUGGCCACGUUCUGCGGGGCCACCGCUGCCAGGUGGGGACACGACAUGGAGUGGACUCCCCACAAGAACUGGGAUCACCUGCCGACGGGAUGGACGUCCACCUUCUUCAGAGUCCACUUUGCAGGUGACGCAAAGAUUGGCUUGCACAACCCGCGGGAGAACAAGUGGAUCCGCCUGAGAAACAACAGGGACAUGGAUGGUGCACCAUGGAGGAGGAGCUGGGAAACCUUCACCGCAGUGGAUGCAGGUGGAGGGAAGGUGGCUCUGCACUGCGCCGCCCACAACGAGUACAUGCGGAUGCCCAACAAAAAAGACAUGGCUGCUUGGAUGCCUUUGUGGCGCUUUUCUGCAACUCUCAGCCGCUGA